AUGGGCAACGUCUGCGGCAAAAAAUGCCCCAAGCGCGUGGGGCGCGGCUCCGAGACGCACGCAGGAGAACUUCAUGCCCGCAGCCACGCUACCGAUGGGCCACGCUUCCAGAACCUCCUCAGCCAGCUCGUUGGGAGCGGCUGGCAGUUGAAGGUGUGCCCGGAGCCCGGCGGCGGCCUGGCUUCGCCUUCGCCUUCGGAGCGAUGCGAGAUGGAGCCCGGCAGCUUUGACAGAUGCGUCGGAUGCCAUGGCAGUGCAGGGCUCGAAGUCUUCGAGACCCAUGCAGGAGCCUUUCACAUGACUUGCAGCCACGCUGCCUGUGCGAAAUGCCUCCCACAGCUGGUCCGCAGCCAGCUCGUUGGGAGCCGCGGGCGCUGGCAGCUGGCGGUGUGGUGCCCGGAGCCCGGCUGCGGCCGGCGGCUCCCUCAGCGCCUGGUGCUCCAGGUGGAGGAGGCGCGCGCCUUGGCGGAGGCCAUCGACGGCAGCAGCCUCUGGCCCUGUUUGGGCGACGAGGAGGUGACGUGCUGCCCUCUCUGUGGCGCGGCGGGGCCCGUGUACGCAAACCGCGCCUGUGGCCACGGAGCCUGCGAGGGCUGCUGGCUCGCCGACCUUGAGGACAAGCUCCGCUGGGGCCGCGAGAACGCCGCUGUGGACAUCCCUUGCGCGCACAAGGGCUGUAGCGAGGGCUGCUUCGAGACGCUGGGCCGCUUCGAGAGCCCGGUGCUGGAGCAGGUCGGGCUCUUCGUGCGGGAGGCGAAGAGGAAGCUUCAGGAGAUUUCGCCCUAUUACGCGCGUGGGCUGCCCGCCGCGGCGGGGCCGCUCUGUCCCGAGUGCGGCCGCCGAUCCGUCGCUCUGCUGCACUGCAGCUGCGGCUUUGCCGCUUGCACGCCCUGCUGGGAGAGCUUCAUCAAGCAGUGGAUGGAGAACUUCGCCCUGAGCCCCGGAGACGCGCAUCCUUGGCACCCGGGGCCGGCAUGCCGUGAGGACCUGCGCCUCGUGCUCGACCCCUCCGCGGUGGCACGCCUGAAGGCUGAGAUGAGGCGCCUGGAGCCCUUCGUGGUGGCCCGGAAGGCCGGGCCCCGGCCAACGUGCCCCAUCUGCAACGAGGUGUCCUGGGCUCUGCUUUGUCCCUGCCCAGAGGGGCACGCGGCCUGCGAGGGGUGCUGGGCGAAGUGGGCCGAGGAGCAGAUCGAAAGCUGCCGCCGCUGCCGGCACCUUCCGGCAAGGUGCGUGUGGCCAGACUGCGCAGCCAGCUUGGCUGAGGAGGGGCACGAGACCUCCAUGUGGCGGUGCCUGAGGAGUGGGCCACAGCUCUCGCAGCUCUUGGCGGACCUCGACCGCCGAAAACGCCUCCAGCAGAAUCAGCUCUACCCUCUUCCGCUGCAGGUGGACUGCCCCCAGCCUCUGUGCGUUGGGCUUGGGUACCUGGGCUUCGACAUGGUGAUGUGCUUCAUCUGCGAGCACCAGUGGGAGGCGUCCUCGGGAGUCGUCGAGUCCGCUGAGACGGAGCUGCCGGAUGAGGAGGUGGCGGAUGUGGCGGAGGUCGCGGUCGCUGGGGUCCGGGUCAAGAAGUGUCCGAGCUGUCGCGAGUACAUCGAGAAGAACGGCGGCUGCAACCACAUGACCUGCCGCUGCCGCCACGAGUUCUGCUGGGACACGCUGAAGCCCUACAGGGGCUAG